AGAUUGGUUGUAUCUCAUUUGUAAACAACUACACAGCUUCCAUAAGCAUCAAAUACAAAACAUCAAGUAUGUAAAACAUAUCAUUUUUGUCAUUACAGGUUGUGGAAACUUGUGUCUCCUGAUUGGCUAAAGCUAUUCGCUAAAAUCUAACAGUAAAUUAUAAAGUAAAAUGACCUGUUCUACUUUGCAGAUGACAUGUGGAAAAUAUGUUUGAAGAAUUUUGUGUUGAUGCCAUCUCCCCAUUGUGAAGAAGGGAGUCAGAAUACAUUCAGCAUUAAAACUGAACAGAUGCUUUGUCCAAUAACAGAUGCUAUCUUAGUUCGACUUGUUCUUAGACAACCAUCACCUCACUGGCUAAACUUUUCUGUUGGUAGUCUCUGUUUCUCACCACCACUUAAGGUAAUGGUGCCUAACAGAUGGGUUUUACUAAUCUUGAAAGAUAGGAGGAAUGUAGGGUGAGGCGGUUAAUUGAUAAACCAGAAGAAAAAAACGAUGUUUCUUAAAAACCAAUUUAAACAUCUAACGCACUCGAGCUUAAGCAAGCAAUUCUCUGGAGAGUGUAGCUCUGUUGGAGAGGUUCCGGCUGCUUAGUUUACUCGGCGAGCACAACUAACUAUAUGCACCUACCGACCAAAGGAGAACCAAAGAACGCUGGAUAACGCAGGAUACCAAUCUAAAAGAAAUCAUCCGGACUAGCCGGGGAGCAAAGCCUGACGAGCGGGUGCGGCAUAAUGCAAGUAACGAACACAACACCGGGCAUUUCUAGCAAGGUUGACAAAAAGGACUACCCCCACCAUUUACGCUGUGCCAAGGACACACACAACAGACAAUAAGCGCUUCACGGACAGACAUAAGGACUAAUGGUGAGGGGACAAACGAACGUAUAAGCAGACGAACAAAUCACGAAAUUAAAUAUGCUGAUGCACAGAUACACACAUCGGCAAGCAGCCGAACACCCGGCAAGCAGCCGGACGGGGAGGGGUCAAUAGCCCGAGAUCGAGCAAACAGCCAGAGGGGGGAGCAGGCAGGCAGCCCAAGGGGCCGGCAAGCAGCCGGAGGUAGGCCGGCAAGCAGCCAGCGAGCGCAGACAAGCAGCCUGAAAACAAAAACCCGGCAAGCAGCCAGCGCCACCGCAUGCAGUGCCAACGCAGGCAGGGGGGAAACACUAUCGGGUGGGUGGGAAAUCAAGUGCACAGUGUUAGAAGCAGUAUGCAAGUGAGCACAGCCCGUGAGCACAGCAAAUGGCAAACUUUCGCCCGCUGACAACAGACUGCUUCUGAUUGGUCAAUGAAAUUGAACCCUGUAUAAAUGCAUAAUUUACAUAUUUUAACGACCCACAUCACAACUCGUGCUUGAUGUUAAUUAUUUUUAUUGCAUAAACACGUUUAACUGAUAUUGUUCUUGGCAAAAAAAAACCCAGAAAAAAUUAGGAAAGAAACUGUUUGAAACUCAGUAAUAUUGAAACAGAAUGAUACCUUGUCAAACUAGUUUAACGUUUCCUUAACAAACUUCCAACUUUCAAACAUUAAAAAUGUCAGAAUAUUAAGGCAGUACUGUAGUAACUAUACCAUUAAUACAAUUGUCUUUAAAACUAAAGUCUCGAACAUGUAGCAUGAAGUUCAAUCUAACUGUGGUAUAUUUUGACAUAAGUUGUAAAAAUCGUUUUUCGGACGUGUUGUUUACCCUGAUUUCUAAAAGAAUGGCAUGAAAAUUAUUUGCAAUAAUAUUUUAGAUCAUUUCUCAUCUUACGGACAUUCUUUCAUCAAACAUGGAAGAUCAACAUGCUGAUGAGCAACAGGUAUUUAUGUCAAAUUUGGUGAAGUGUUCGUUCCACCAAUGAGUGAUGCAUUCCAAUAUGUCAUACCCAUUCUUCUAUUUUACCUUAAAGGCCUGGUUCAUUUACUUUUGUACCACUCCAAACUGUUACUCGUGUACUCCAAGGAGAUCCCUAAAUAAUUAGUUUAAUUUACUCUUUCUUACAAAGGAAGAGAAUGAAAGAGUUGUGGAUAUCGCCAGCAAACUUCAACAGAUGUGGGCUCUAACUGAGGCUACAGCUGAGAGUGAAUUCACAGAUGAACAAAAUCACUUUGAUGUAAGUGAAUUUUUAGCAAUGCUGUGAAAUGAUUUAUCUAUAAUAAUUGAACCUGUCUAUUGCAUCUCUGUAUUAAGGAUACCUCUCUAAUAUGGACACCUCUUUAAUAUGGACACCUCUUUAAUACGGACAUCUCUCUAAUACAGACUCUUCCUGAUAUGGACACCUCUCUAGUAAGGACACCUCUCUAAUAUGGACACCUCUCUAAUACGGACACCUCUCUAAUACGGACACCUCUCUAAUAUGGACACCUUUCUAAUUCAGAUACCUUUCUAAUAAGGACACCUCUCUAAUACGGAUACCUCUCUAAUAAGGACGCCUCUCUAAUACGGAUACCUCUCUAAUAUGGAUACCUCUCUAAUUUGGAUACCUCUAUAAUACGGACAUCUCUCUAAUACAGACUCUUCUCUAAUAUGGAUACCUCUCUAAUAUGGACACCUCUCUAAUACGGACACCUCUCUAAUACAGAUACCGUUCUAAUAAGGACACCUCUCCAAUACAGACACCUUUCUAAUAAGGACACCUCUCUAAUACGGAUACCUCUCUAAUUUGGAUACCUCUAUAAUACGGACAUCUCUCUAAUACAGACUCUUCUCUAAUAUGGAUACCUCUCUAAUAUCGACACCUCUCUAAUAUGGACACCUCUCUAAUACAGAUACCUUUCUAACAAGGACACCUCUCUAAUACAGAUACCUUUCUAAUAAGGACACCUCUCUAAUACGGAUACCUCUCUAAUUUGGAUACCUCUCUAAUACGGACAUCUCUCUAAUACAGACUCUUCUCUAAAUGGAUACCUCUCUAAUAUGGACACCUCUCUAAUACGGACAUUUCUCCGACAUGGACACCUCUCAAAUACGACACUUGUCUAAUACAACACCUCUCAAAUACGACACCUCUCUUAUGCAGACUUUAAUACAGAGAUCUCUAGCCAGUUUCCAACGUCCGGACAAAAUUCUCACUUAAAAAUGACUGCUAUAAUACGGACCUUCCCUAAUACACCACCUCAUCUCCAGGGAGCAAAUACAUAACAGACACUCUAAUUUUGUAGAUUGAUGGAUGUUAUGAUCUUAACUUGUUGUCAUACACAUAAACACCAUAAACACCGCUACAAUUAAGGUAGGAUUUUUU